AUGCCUGAAGCCGCGAAACCAAAAAUCAAGAAGAAGAACAAGGGGGCCGCUAAGCCCAAGGAGGUAGAUGAGCGUUCAGAAGGCAACCCGGACAAGGAAGCAAUUGACCCCUCGGAGGCCAUGCAACAAACUGGUAAUAUGAACACGGAUACUGUCGGAGACUCAAGUAACGAAGGUGUGGGGGAUCGGAUAGAAUCAACUGCGGAUUCAAUACACGAGGCUACCGGGAAUGGGGAAACAGACGUCUCUCAAGAAAAGGCCGAGCAUGUGGACAAUGGAAAUGGGUCAUCUGGUUCGGACAUCCUUCAGUCGAACGAACGACUUAAUGCACUUGUUAGAGAUCGAGAUACUUUGCGCGCAGAGGUGACGGAUAUGCGAAAGUCGUUGGAGGAGAUACAAUCCAAACAUCGGGCGGAGAUGGCGGCCCUGCAGGAGAAGCUGGACGAUGCCGAAAGCAAGAAGGAGCAUGCGGAAUCGCAAUUUCAGAAACUUCUGGAAAGAGUGAAUACAAUCAAGUCACAGCUUGGCGAGAGGCUCCGGGAAGAUGCCGAGGAAAUUGCCCAAGCGAGAUCAAGGAUCGAGGAGCUAGAAGAGCAGAGCUCAAGCUUACAGGAAAAGUUACAAUCUAAAAGUACCGAGGUUGAGCAACUAUCGGAAGCGAAUGGUGAGAUGUCAAGGGAGCUAUCGACCUUGCGAGACCGUACAAAUCUGUCACAGCAAAACUGGCUCAAGGAAAAAGAAGAAAUGCUUGAACAAGAGAACUACCUGCAGUCGGAGUUUGAGCAGGCUAAGGAAGCUAUGCAUAACUGGGAAGUGCUGGCAAUGGAGGAGCGGUCUAUCAGAGAAAACUUAGGGGAGAAGAUUGUAGAUCUUGAGGAACAGCUUGUCACCGUCAAAGACGCCUACGAAAAAACCGCUGCUGAACGUGAUUCCCAAUUGGCCAUCGUGGAUGGACUUCAGCGUGCGCUACAAGAAAUCCAAAACGCACGUAAACAGGAACUUCGGGAGCUAGUAGAAAGCUCCGAUGCUCAAUUGGAGAAACUAAAGCAGGCUCUUCAUGACGCAGAAAAGAAAGCCUUUGAGGCCGACAAGGCUCUCCAUGAUGCCCAAACCGAGCUCGAGCGAGUACGGCCUUUUGAGAAAGAAGUCAAAGAAAAGAAUCUCUUGAUUGGCAAGCUCCGCCAUGAAGCCGUAACGCUAAAUGACCACCUGACAAAGGCCCUGCGGUUCCUCAAGAAAGGCAAGCCAGAGGACAAUGUUGAUCGACAUAUCGUGACGAACCACCUGUUGCAUUUCCUUGCUCUCGACCGAUCAGACCCCAAAAAGUUCCAGAUCCUGCAGCUUAUUGCAGCGCUUCUAGGCUGGACUGAUGAGCAACGGGAGCAGGCAGGUCUGGCGCGUCCUGGGGCAUCCAGCAUCUCUGGCAAGCUGAGGGUUCCAAGCACUCCCAUCCAUCGUACCCCUAGCAGCCAGACUUUGGCUACGGAAUUCUUGGAUAACGGCAACACCAACAAAGAGACGCUGGCAGAAUUGUGGUCCAACUUCUUGGAGCAGGAGUCGCAGAGCGCCGAGAGUUUACCGCCGAAGCCCUGA